AUGUUUAGUUCCAUAUUUAUGCAAUUAGAACAAAAUCUUUUGCAUUAUAAACAAAAUUUUAAUUUACUAUUUUUCCAUUUGGAUUUCAGAAAAAAAUAAGAUUAAAAAUUGUUUUUAACAUCUUAUUGGUUUUAUUUGAAAAGUAUUAAAAGCCAUUUCUUGUUUUACUUAUUUUAAAUUCUAUAAAAAUGUCUGCUAAAAAAUAAUCAAAUAAAAACAAAAUAUUAUUUUGAAAAGAAAAUUGAGAGUGUGAUAAUUUAAUUAUUAAUGCAAAUAUUGCUUCAGAAAAUAAUAAUAACUAGAAGUAAUAAGUGUAUGUCUUAUAUAAUUUUUGAUUUAUUAAUUCUAUCUAAAUUUCUUAAUUUUUAAACAUGCUAGCUUGCUUGCGUGAAUGAAUCAAUAAAUAAAUAUCUUUCUAUAAAAAUUCAUAUAAAAUAAUAAUAAAAACAUGAAAGUCACUUUUUUAAAUUCAUAUUACAUAAAUAGUUUGUAUGA